AUGCCGCCCAGAGUCUUUCUCUUGCGACAUGGCGAAGCAAUGCACAAUGUAGUCCCAGAGGAUCAUUCGGUGCGUAGGCGUGCGGUUGGAUAAACUAUGACGUGUAGCAUAUGGGCCCGCCUUUCCAUCCCGAGUGAAGGCUGACCAGGACCUCAUCAUCCCCCCCCGUUCUCUCUCUCACCAAAGAUCCCGGAUCCCGUGCUCACCAAGAAAGACGAGCUACAAGCGCUCUCGGUGCCCUCAACCUACUCGACCUUUUUUGAAUCCCUCUCCCUGUCCUCAGCGGUGAUCGUCACCUCUCCCUUCCGUCGAACGAUGCAAACGACCAUGAGUGCUUUCGCCUCUGUCUUGGCACCCGUCUCCUCAAGCCCGAUCCCACUGAUCAUCCUUCCUCAAGUACAAGAAUGCGGUGAUCAGCCUUGUGAUACGGGCGGGGAACUGUCGCGGGUUCAAGCUAUGUUCCCGCACGAGUGGCUUGAUUGGUCCGAGUGCACCGAGGGGUGGAAUUCGAAUCAGGGUUUUUAUCAGGCGACGGAGGAGAAGCAAAUGGAACGAGCCAAGGUGAGCUUCAGGGGUUCCGUUUUCCGCAUCACCCGCACAAUCUGAAUGAGAACUGAUUGACGAUGGCAUGCCAUGCUUCGAACGACGAAUCGAAAAAGUGGGUGCGCCGAUGGAUCCGCUCUCGAACGGAAGACAAUGUCGUCAUCGUCUCGCACCAUGGCUUCUUGCGGAGAAUAACCAAAACACCCGCAUACGAUGUGAGCGAACCGAGGGUCCAGAUUCACCGUCUUAGUCGAUGGUUGUGUGCCGCAGCCCCAUUGAUGCGAUGCUUUUCACCCCCAUAGGACUGUGGUGUCCGAGCGGCGUGGGCCAACGUCGAGUUGCGAGAAUACGGCUUCAAGGAGGGGACGGGCGAGGCUGAAGAAGCUGAGGUGGAGAGGAUACCAAACUCAUUGCUGUAG